AUGACCAUGACAAUGGAUGCACAGCAGAGAUUCGGGCCCGCCAUGAAUCUCGAGUACCCUCAUCACACACAGGCGCCGACGUUUUCGAACCCGUGGUCAUCGUCGUCGUCUUCUUCGCAGCCUGCACCAAGCAGUGGUCUCUUUGGUGCUAGCCAGCAGCCUCCACCUUUGAAUCCUAACCUGAUGGCUGGCAAGCCUCCUCCUGGACGUGCGGGUUCUUCCUUAGGUUCAUACGCCACCAUGCCCGUCACCACCUCAGCAGAUCUUCUCGGCAUGAACCGUCUGCCCACCACUGCUCCAUACGCAGACGCAUCCUACACAACAUCUGCUGGCCCUGUGGCUGGCCAGUUCCCGACGUCCAGCGCUCCUUAUGAUGCACUGGGCUACGCUCCUGCUCCAGUGCGCCCUCCUCAGUUCAGCCUCGUCCCUUCUGACGCGGAUCGCAAGUACUCGAACCUGCAGCAGCAACACGCAGACGAGCGCAGAGGCUUCGCUGAUGCGCUUGACGCCAGUCACGGAAUGCUGGCUAUGAGCCAAGAGACCCCCCGCAACAUCUAUGGGAGCCGCAAUGAUCGAUCGUCGGUUGACUCGUACGGAUUCCCAUCAACGCAUUCAACUAGCUCCUCAAUUUCCAGUAGUAACUUCAGCUCCUACUAUGGCGACUCUGUCUCUGACUACUCGACUGCCGGCUCAGACGUCGAACAAGUCAACUCGAGGACGCUCCCCCGUCCCCACGGGUUGAUGAACCCGCAGAUGCCUCCUGCACCUCAAUCCAUGAUGGGUCAGUUCAGCUCCAAGGUGUCGUCCAGCACUCAGAAGAAACACAAGUGCAAGGUGUGCGAGAAGCGAUUCACCCGACCAAGCUCGCUGCAGACCCACAUGUAUAGCCACACUGGCGAAAAGCCCUUUGCUUGCGAGGUCGAGGGCUGCGGCCGACACUUUUCCGUGGUCUCUAAUCUGCGACGCCACCGCAAGGUCCACAGGGGCGACGCCCGCUCAGAGGCUGGCUCAGAGGACCACCAGUCUGAUUAA